GGCUUUUGAAUGAUGAAAUCAAAGCACAAGCAUUAAUGCUACAAAAAGCUGAUAAAAUGCUUGAAGAAAAAAUAGCAAAAAAUACAAAAUUACAAGAGGAGUUGGAAGAGAAAUCAAAAAUGUUAGCAAAAAGUAAGGAAAGAGAAGAGGCACCAAAUCGACA